ACCGGCGCUCUGGGAGAGGGAUGGUCCCCUUAGGGACACAACCCCGGUCCCAGGAGGACAGGACUGGAGGUAGCCGGCAGGGCAGGGUCCCAUCGCGCCGUGCUCUGCCACCCAGUCUGUGACACUCUUUGGGAAAGGUCUCGUCCAGGAUGCCCUGGCGCCGGCAGGGCGGUGGCUGCAGGUUGCUGUAGGUUGGAGAUACCGAUGUGCUGUUGCAAAACUAUUACUAAGGCAAAAUAAUUUAAAAAGUGGGCUAUAAUUGCGUAAUUUGUGAUUCUUAGCAAUGGUUGCUGGCUGCCCCGUACCUGGGGGAUGGUGGUGAGCCCGGUGCCGGACCCCGGCUGCCCUGGUCUUGCCUGGGGUUUGCUGCCGGGUUUGCAGUGCCCAUAGCCACCCGUGCCGGGGACGGAGCAUCACCUGGCAGGAGCUGCUGGCGUCACUUGCAGAGGAAUCUGGCUCCGGUGAUCGCACUGCUGGAUUUGACCCGCCUUUAUUGUUCAACCCAAGCGUGUGUGUGCAUGUGCACAGACAAGAACCUCUACAGGAGCUGUUUGCCAGACUCACCCAGAUACUGGGAACGGAACAAACUACCCUUCCCCUCCCCACACACACUCAGCGCCGUGGACAAAACCUGGGCACGCAGGAGGGCUGCAGACAGCACAGCUGGGAAAGAGCUUCCCUACUCCGAAAGCUGCCUGGAUCCAGCCACCUCCCUCUGGCUCUUUACCGGCCGGGCAGCCCCAGGACACCUCAUCGUGCCGCACAGCCCUCCCCGGAUGAGGGGACCCUGAUCGCCCGUGUGCCAUCGUGCCCCCAGCCAUGCCCCGUGCUGGGCACUUCCCACCCCACAGCCCCCGGUGAGCGUGGAAGGAGCUCGAGCCUCCUCCAGGUUGGGUGAUUCCGGUCUCCACCGACUGCCAUGGAUUGGAAAACGCUGCAGGCACUGCUCAGCGGGGUCAACAAAUACUCCACAGCCUUCGGCCGCAUCUGGCUCUCCGUGGUCUUUGUCUUCCGUGUGCUGGUCUACGUGGUGGCAGCUGAGCGCGUGUGGGGAGAUGAGCAGAAGGACUUUGACUGCAACACGCGGCAGCCGGGCUGCACCAACGUCUGCUAUGACCACUUCUUCCCCAUCUCCCACAUCCGCCUCUGGGCCCUGCAGCUCAUCUUUGUCACUUGCCCUUCCCUCCUGGUCAUUAUGCAUGUGGCCUACCGGGAGGACCGCGAGAAGAAGAACCGGGAGAAGAAUGGGGAGAAUUGCCCCAAGCUCUACAGCAACACAGGCAAGAAGCACGGCGGGCUGUGGUGGACUUACCUGCUCAGCCUCUUCUUCAAGCUUAUCAUAGAGAUCCUGUUUCUCUACCUCCUCCACAAGAUGUGGGACAGCUUCGACUUGCCACGGCUGGUGAAGUGCUCCAACGUGGAGCCCUGCCCCAACACUGUGGACUGCUAUAUUGCUCGGCCAACUGAGAAAAGAGUCUUCACCUAUUUCAUGGUUGGAGCCUCCUCCAUCUGCAUUGUCCUCACCGUCUGUGAGAUCUUCUACCUCAUCUUCAAGCGAGUUGUGCGGAAUGUGCGGAAGUGGAAGAAGUCCACCAAGCGCUCUGUCAGCUACAGCAAGGCCUCCACCUGCCAGUGCCACCUCAAGACGGAGGAGAAGGACAAGUCCCAGACUAGGUGUGUGGCAGCCCUGCGGGCCUCAGCUCCCAACCUGACUGCUGUCUGAGAGGGGAGUGGGAGAGGGAGGGAGGGAGGCAUGUCCAGGGAUGGCUGGCCCCAGAGGUGGCCACCAGUGAUGCCACCACCAGACUCUUCAGCCAGGACCUUGAUGGUUCUAAAGGGGAGGAGGACACAUCCACAGGAACUCUCCUGCUUGGGUCCAUGGGCACAUCCCUGGCUGUCCCAGUGGCACGGGCAUGCUCGGUGGCAGGUGGGUGCCAGCUGCCCAUGGGCAUGCCUGAGAGUGUCUGUUCUUUCCACAGAGGAGAGGAGCUGUGAGCUCACUCGUUCCAGCUGGUUCACCUUCUCCUUGACCCAGCAGCUUUUCAAGCCUGCCAAGUCCCCGAACCUUCGCGAGUCGACCCGUGUGAAUAACGACUAAACCCAAAAAACUAAAGUUCCCCAAGAGAGGCCCAUGGGUGCCCAAGCAGACACAGGUAAGGCGAGGGCAGCCCCAGCUCGGUCAGCUGCACGUGGUGGUGCCAUAGGGCUUGGACAUCACACCGACGCACAGACACCAUGCACGACUCUGCCGAGCAGCCGGCCCCGCCGCGGCAACCAGCGCUGUCUGACCCGGCAGAGAGCCCAGCCAAAAGCUGCAGGGAUGAAGCUGUUCAGCUUGGAGGGCACACGGGACUGGGGCUGGCAGGAGGGAGCACGAGGGCUCCCAUGUCCCAACAGCUUCUCUUGGGUCCUCCAGCUCUGCUGCUCCCACGCUGGGUACGAACGCAUCACUCGGUGCCUGGUCAGGGCUGGUGUCACCCAGUGCGGUGACAGUCCCCAGUUUGCCAAACGGGGCACAAGCAGCUUUUCCCCCUUUGCUCAUGCAAGCGCCGUGCUGAUGUCCUGCCCAAAGGGCUUUGCUGGCUCUGCUGCUUCCCUCGGUGCCUUUGUGUCCCCCCCACCUCAGACAGACGCGUCACACACAGUAUCAGCGAUGGAUCCAAAGGGACAAUGAACACUGUGCUGUUUGUAGACACUGGGAUCUGCUCUGCACACUGUAAAUCGAGGGGACUGGUGAAGGCAGAACUGGAUGUGCAGAGGUUCCCCAGGAGCCCACAGCCAGAGGUUCUUCACUCCCAUCCGAGCCAGGGCAGCACAGGUCGAGCCCCCGGCCGGCGUGCCCAGCGUCUGCCUGCUCCGACUUCUCCAGGCUUGUCACAUGUCAUUAAACUUUAAUUCACCAGAACCGCACACUGGCCCCCAAGGAAAUCAAGGAGAAAUCAGCAUCAAUUAUUUACUAAACCUCGAUAAAUAUUACAAUAAAUAGAAAUUAUUUCC